GGCCAAAGCGGAAGCCGCGUGGUCUCCGCGAGCCUCCUGCCACAGGUCAGCGCGACUGGAGAGAGCCUAGUUCGGAGGAGAGGAUGUGGCUGUGCUGACAUCUGCACGCCAGCGGUUUAACUGGAGGACGACCGCAGGCAGGCGGGCAGGAAAACGGCCCCGGCGACUUCGAGGAACCUCCGAGACAUGUAACCCUCCCGAGAAGAUGGUUGUGUCCUGACCCCGGAGUCAAGCCCGCGACGGUGCCUCCGUGCUGCUCGCCGUCAUGAGGGGGCGCUGCUCCCGAAAGCUGGGCGUGCUGGCCAAGGCCGGCGUCCUGCUGUGCGUGCUGUGGCUGGGGUACCUUGUGUUGGAGCGAGCCUCUUUCCCCUCGUCUCCCUCCGCCGACGAAGACGAGGAGGAGCGCAAUCUCCAGGCCAGGCAGCUGGAAGUGGAGGAGAGCGGGAUAGACGGGCAGCUGGCCAGGCCCCUCUACAUUAAGCCGCCGGCAGACAGCAAGGCGCCGGGCGAGUGGGGUCGGGCCACUCACCUCAACCUCGGCCCUGAAGAAAAGAAACGGGAGGAGGAGAGCGUGGAGCGCUACGCCAUCAAUAUUUACGUCAGCGACAAGAUCUCCCUCCAUCGGCACAUCCAGGACCACAGAAUGAACGAAUGCCAGGCUAAGAAGUUUAACUACCGACAUUUACCUACCACCUCCGUCAUCAUAGCCUUCUACAACGAGGCCUGGUCCACUCUGCUGAGGACGAUUCACAGCGUGCUGGAGACCACACCUGCCAUCCUGCUGAAGGAGAUCAUCCUAAUCGACGACUUCAGCGACCGAGUCUACCUGAAAGCCCAGCUAGCUGAAUACAUCAGCAACCUGCAGCGCGUGCGUCUCAUCCGCACAAACAAAAGGGAAGGCCUGGUACGGGCCCGUCUCAUCGGCGCCACCUAUGCUACGGGGGAUGUUCUGACGUUUCUGGAUUGCCACUGCGAGUGUGUCCCUGGCUGGAUCGAGCCUCUGCUGGAAAGGAUCGCUGAGAACGCCAGCACCAUAGUGUGUCCUGUGAUCGACACCAUCGACUGGAACAGCUUUGAGUUUUACAUGCAGACAGACGAGCCGAUGAUCGGAGGCUUUGACUGGAGACUCACCUUUCAGUGGCACUCUGUUCCUGAAGCGGAACGCAAGCGGCGAAAGUCUCGCAUUGAGCCCAUCAGGUCUCCCACCAUGGCAGGUGGAUUAUUUGCUGUGAGCAAAGCCUAUUUUGAAUACCUCGGCACAUAUGACACUGGCAUGGAGGUGUGGGGAGGAGAGAACCUGGAACUUUCCUUCAGGGUGUGGCAGUGUGGAGGCAGUCUGGAGAUCCAUCCCUGCUCCCACGUUGGCCACGUGUUCCCUAAAAAGGCGCCGUACGCACGGCCCAACUUCCUCCAGAACACCGUACGGGCCGCAGAGGUUUGGAUGGGCUCCUAUAAACAGCACUUCUACAACAGGAACCCUCCAGCCAGAAAGGAGAACUACGGGGACAUCUCACUGAGGGCGCAGCUGCGGGACAAGCUCAAAUGCCAAAGCUUCGAAUGGUAUCUGAAGAACGUCUACCCGGACCUGCACGUCCCCGAGGACAGGGAAGGCUGGCACGGAGCCGUCCGCAGCUCAGGGUUACAAUCAGAGUGCCUUGAUUACAACGCUCCAGAUCACAAUCCCACUGGAGCACAGCUCUCUCUGUUUGGCUGCCAUGGCCAGGGAGGCAACCAGUACUUUGAAUACACUUCCCAGAAGGAAAUCCGUUUCAACUCGGUGACGGAGCUGUGUGCGGAAGUACUUGACGCGCACACCUCCAUCGGAAUGAGGCGCUGUCCUCGGGAUGGAGAAGCGAAGCCUCCCAGUAUCAUAUGGGAGUUCAAACAGGACGGGACCAUCUACCACCCUCACUCGGACAUGUGCGUGACGGCGUACCGCACCACGGAGGGACGCACGGACGCACAGAUGAGGCGCUGCAACCCGGCCGACAGGAGCCAGCUGUGGAAGUUCGAGUGGUAGAAAGAGGGAUUAAGACUUCAGCAGGAGAGCUCAAGUGACCUUCUGUGACCUUUGUGCAAUUACUACACUGGAGGGCUUUUCCGUUACCCCCAAUUUCCUCACUCCCCGAGUUUGUAUUGGAUCGAACUGGGAGCAGGGAACAGAAAGGUCUUGAAAAUGUCACUUUAAGCCAGUGAUUUGCUCCACUGAUUGCUCGCAUGAGUGCAGAGUUGCCGAGAAUUGCAAUUGUAUCAGAACCUUUUCUUUUUUUUCUGUUUUUUUUUUUUAAACCAACUGUUUUUAUCCGAGCACUUGUGAAACAAGAACGGAGGACAUCACAACCCUUUGAUUUCCUGCAACAGGAUGUGAGGAGCGAAAUGGAUUUGGACCGCCUUGCACAUGAAUCAAGAAGCUUAAGACGAUUAACUGUUGGGUCUGCAACAAAGUCAGAAUUGCACUGCUAAGUUUUCCGUGCAAUUUAUGUCGUGUCGCGUUAAAUUCUCUUGUCUUUGUACGCAGUUGUCGAAUGAUGUAAAAAAAAAAAAAAAAAAAGUAUGAAUGUCGGCUGCUAAACCCAAGAGCUCAGAAUGUAAGGUCGGCAGCAUUUUGCACUGCACCGCUGAUUUCCCGACAUGCCCCGUCAUGUGAGAGGAACAGGGAGAAGGAAGGAGGGAGCGUGGGGUUGUCAUACUACACUCGCCUCUCAACUCUAUCCCCCCCCGCCUGUGGUGCCAGUUUUACGGCAAAAGUUGUGCCUGAACAGGACUUGAAGAAUUCAUUAAGCUCUCAGAGUGAAGUGCGUUUCGCCCCAGCCAGCCCAGCGGUUCGACGGGAAUGUUUUUAAUCUAUUCUUACCCGCUGUGCACGUCUGAGGAUGCCCUUUUAACCCACCCGUCAGUCUGCCUGAGGAAAACCCUGUCAUCGUAAAACACCUGCACGUGCCAAAAUGCAAAGUGCCAACCUGUGUGGGAUUUUUAUUUUGGAGCAUUUCUUUUAAUGGGGAAGAAAAACUGAAAUAAGAAUAAACUGUAUUUUGUUUUGUCACACACAUACACACCGCACACACAAAGCCUUAAAGGGGGGGAGCACCUGUACGUGCCUUUAUUUUUGAGACUCUUGUGAUUGGACUGUACUUGAAAAUCCAUCCAUCCAAAAAAAAAAAAAGAAAUGUUUUAGGUUAUGUCGGGAUUUAAGGACCCCAAGGUACAGCGCAACUGCUGAUGUGACUGCGAGCCAGUAGCGGUUUCUUUACUCGGCUCUUUAGUCUGUAGCUCGUUUCUGAAUAUGAGAUAUUCACUACGUACAGCUGGAAACAUUUAACAUGGCUUCUGUGUUGUGUUGCCUUUGUAAAUAACGUGCAGUUUUAGGGGACCAAAGGGGACAGUGCUAAUGUAAAGCUCUGAAACUACUGAAAAUGUAAAUUGAGAAAAAAAAAGGGAAGUGGAUCACUUUAAAUAGAUGGGAUGGAUUAAAGGGAAAAGGGAUGGAGAAGAUUAAUUUGUUGGGAUUAAUAAAUAAAAGUCUAACCACAAA